ACAGCAAAAACAAGAUGUUCUUCGUCGACCCACGUAUGGAAAAGCUGUGCGUUCCAUGAGUCAAAGGUCAUUAUCAUUGGAACUGCAUACGAGGAAAUCAAACCUAGCUAAGGAGGCCAAUCGCAGUCAUCCUUUCGUCCGAUCAACACAUCCUUUCCACCGGGAACAGAAGUGUAGUGUUUCGCGUUCGAUCACGACACAUUCCGUUUGCUUCACGGUUUCACGGCAAAGCGGUGCGCGGUUUCAUAUUUUCGCCGAUAGCAUUCCGGAAGGUAGCGUAUUCGCCCGAAAAAAAAACGACGGAAAUGUUUAACCUGUUCUCGGCAAAGGAGAAAACGAAAACCACCGGAGGUGGCCCCCUUCAGGGCUACAAAAUUACGGAUGUCGAGCGGAGCCGCAAGUACGGCGUGGCAGCUGAUUCACUUCGCAUGCUCCGGGCAAAGGCGUCCGAAAAAUUCAAGAUUUCGGAAUGUCGUGUAUACCUUGCCCAGGAUGGGGUGGAAGUGACUGAUGAGGAAUACUUUCGGACACUACCAGCUCAGAUACUGUUCGUCGUAGCGAGCAAGGACACGAUCGUGAAGACGGAUUUUGAGCUGAUGUACAACGCUAUUAAAUCGGCUCACACCGAUCUGCUGCAUGCGGGAGAACUAGCUCAACAAUUCGUGAGCAAUAAUCAGCCGGAAAUUUCGAAAAUUCUUUACAAUGCUCAACGUGGUCGGGAUGAUCUGAUUCAACGUAGCGCUCGAACCGAACACGCGGAAUGGUUUGUCGGUAUUGAAGAUCGUGCUGUGAAGACGAAGGAGGAAAUAAUGAAGAGACGCGGACAGGACCGAAUUCGUGGAUAUUUUUAUAAAACGAAGGAUGAGCUAACGAAAUGUUCCAUGUACCGUGCCAGCCCGAUGGCACGUGAACUGAUUGAUGAGAUGCUGGAACUGUUCCGGCAGCUGCUGGUGGGAUUUGACUAUUUCAGUUGCAUGUUUGAUCGUAGCUGCCAGCGACGGCUCGAACUGAAGCCGGACAACACCGAUGAUGCGGAUGAACCGGACGCACAAAGAAUUCCACCGAAGCGUUUAAAGUUACUGGUGCAGAAUUCGCUCGGGUCUAACUGCCAAAUUGACCGAUACAAUGUGGCGCUGUGCAGCGAAAUGGGGGACUUUCGGUGCAUGGGCGUGUGGAAGGAUGAGCGGUGCCGAUACGUUAGCCAUCGCAUUAAUCCAUACGCUAGUAGGGAAAAUUUAAUCCUCUUCCAGGUGUGGAAUCUGGAUCAUCAGAUCGAGAUCAGCCGAACCGUGCUGCCGUCGAUACUGGACAAUGUGGAGCGUAUGGUGUCACGGGAAAGUGACGCGAUCUGUAAGCUGCAUCGGCGCAAGGGCAAAACACUGUCUGUGAUAACGUACUUUCUAGAGCUGUUUACGCUCAGCAAUUUAAAGUUGGUGCACAUCGUUUGCCACGACAAGACCGUCCACGAGUUGAUCUCGAACGGGACGAUCAUUUGCGAUCGGUGCGAGGAAUAUAAGUAUAUUAAGCAAUUUCAACGUAAGCUACGUUCGCAGAAGGAUGCACUGCUGUAAGACAGACAGUGUGGCAAGGAUAAGCGUUAGGUAGUGCCAACGAUCUCGCGUAAAUAAGUCAAAUAUUUAAGCAAAAUAUAUUCUACAAAUAAACGUUCACCUCAUGUGCGCAAUAAUGUGUUCG